AUGAAAUUAUAUUUGGAGGCAUUUGUAAAAUUUCUUUUCAGAUAUUUCUUUGUUCGCGAAGUCAAUGUCACUCGGUUACUUAGUCCAGAAUUCCAACACAGUUUGGAUUUGUAUGACAAAGUAAUGGAGUUUGAUAGUAAGGGAAUAGAACAUGGAUUAUCAAAUAAAGAUGCUCAUGGAAAACGAUUUAAGCCAAAAUGGAAUAUUUGGGGAGGUCUUUAUUUUGCUGGAACUAUUUUUACGACAAUUGGUUAUGGGGACAUUGUGGCUGAAACAAUCGGUGGAAAAUGUUUAGUUGUGAUAUAUGCGUUGAUUGGAAUACCUCUUAGUAAGUUAGGAAUUUUUAACCUAAAGUUCAGUUUUUUAGAUAAUGUAAGGAUGAUUCAUCUAGAGCAUUUAAAACGUUUAAGCGGGGGCUCAUGUGUGUGGUGAGCAAAAGCGCCUAGCAAUGACUGUCAAGAGGUCGUAGGUUCGAAUCCUGCCCGGUUGCUAAACUUUUUGCUUAACUCUUUCCAUAACCUAGGGGUGGAAAAAUAAUUAAUAAUUAAAAAUGAGGGGUAGAUUGAUAUUGGGUAGGUAGAUCGUCCACCAAAUUUUAUAUUUGAUUAGUUUUUGCAAGUUUAGAAAUUAGGUCGACUGUAUUUUUAUAAGUUUAAGUUCUUAGUAAUUCAAGUGAUAAUUUUUUUAUUUUUCAAGUCAUUUCUUUUCUUAAUGUUUGGGGAAACGUUCUUCUCCGCGUUGUUCAAUGUACUCUUUAAUAUUUUUACUUU